AUGCUAGCUUCCGAAAUCCCACCACCUUCGAUUUCAUCAACCCUAACCCAGAUGCGGUACCACACAUGGUCACCCUUGACCCAGUUUUUGCCUGUGGUUUUCUCUACGACAGGAGCUUCCGAUAGAAAUCCCAUCUACUUUCCGGUCGGCUUCUUUCAUGCACGCACUCCAACCACUCCUGAGCCCGCUAACUCUGAAUCGUGCAUUUGGUGCUGGGCUGAUUUUGAGGGAAGAAUUAGUUGCGCUCCAGUGUAG